CGAGAGUGUUCCACUUCGAACUCUUAAAAAGAAAAGAAUCUUUGUCGGAGAAGAAGAAUCAUGAAACAACCCCUUUGCCUCUCCAGAAUCGUUCGAAGGAUAUAGAAGGUAAGGGGAAGGAGAGAAGUCGAAUCGAAAUCCUUCUCUUGGUCCUUCGCGAAAGAAAGGGUUGCAUUCGGGCAAAGAAAAAAAAAGAGCUGCUAAUUGACACGAGCGAUUGCACGUAACGGUAUAAUUAGAGAGAAGAAUACGGAGCCUGGACCGGUGCACCGAUGAACCAAUGAACCGGCCAGAAAGCGGUAAGAGAGGGGAAGGAGAGAAACAGAAAGGCAAAGGGAAGCAGGGGAGAGAAGCAGCCGGCAAGUUCUGUUGAGGGUAGUGAUGGGCAUUCAGUUUCUGCCAUAUCGCAAGAUGGCGGCCUGCAGCGGCUUACUCAUUAUUCUGCGAUUACUUCUCAUCGCCGUGGCGUCGACCGUUCCAGGAACAUGGAUAAAUAUCGGUUUGCAACACUAUCCACAAUUAGACACCGCACAAAUGAUGGAGACUUAUGACGUAGCCGCGUCUAGUAUUUGUCACGGGUUGAAAGGUCUUUCGCAAGGCCAAGGAAAGCUUUGUCAGUUAUCGGUGGAUCAUAUGCCAAGUGUGGCUAAGGGUGCAAAAUUUGGGAUUCUUGAGUGUCAACAUCAAUUUCACGAUCGAAGAUGGAAUUGUUCCACCGUCUCUAAUGAGUCCGUGUUUGGACCCAUGCUUAGAAUAGCGAGUAGAGAAACUGCAUUCGUUCAUGCAAUCACAACUGCAGGAGUGGUGUAUUCGAUAAGUCGAUCCUGCAGAGACGGACAAUUAUCCUCGUGUGGUUGUUCUAGAAGUAACAGACCCAGAGAUCUAAAACGAGAUUGGAUCUGGGGUGGAUGCGGGGAUAAUCUCGAAUACGGUUAUAAAUUUACACAAGCAUUUGUUGAUGUAAAAGAACGUGAACGAAGCUUUAAAAGAGGUAGCAGAGAACAAGGUAGAAGCCUAAUGAAUCUUCAUAAUAACGAAGCUGGACGUAGGGCGGUUAUAAAACGAUCCAAAGUAACAUGCAAGUGUCAUGGAGUUUCUGGAAGUUGUAGUUUAAUUACUUGCUGGCAGCAACUUGCAUCAUUUCGAGAAAUUGGUGAUUUUCUUUUAGAUAAAUACGAUGGAGCAACAGAAGUUAGAGUAAACAGACGUGGCCGUCUAUCUAUGCGAGAUCCAAGAUUUUCCUUACCUACAGCGAAUGAUUUAGUGUAUUUGGAUGACUCUCCGAACUAUUGUCUUCCUAAUGAAACACUCGGAUCAUUAGGUACACAUGGAAGAAUUUGCAACAGAACAUCAUCUGGCAUGGAUGGAUGUAAUCUCCUUUGUUGUGGUAGAGGUUACAAUACACAAAAAUCAACUAUCAAAGAAAGAUGCGAAUGCAAAUUUCGGUGGUGUUGUUCGUUGAAUGCAAAACUUGUGUCAAAAGCGUAGAUAUUCAUACUUGCAAAUAAAAUUUAAAUUAAUCACAUUU